AUGACGUCCAUCUAUACGUCUGAUCUAAAGAAUCACCGCCGUGCUCCUCCACCUCCUGGCACCAUCAACGCUGGGCCAGUGGGCAAAUGGAACCUUUCCAACCACCGCCAGGCUGGCUGGGUUAACCUUAAGGAAGACGGGUUUACGUCGUUUCGCUGGAAUAAACGGUUUAUGGUACUUGGCGAUAGAACGCUUAAUUUCUAUAAGCUGGAGCCUUCUGCGGAUAUGACCCAGCCAAAGGACUUGGAUAUGCUGUUUCCGCUCAAUUUGAUCAGUGCUAUCAAUUUGAAACCAAACUCGAGUUCUAAGUCAUUGCCUUCUAUCAUUGAGAUCGUUCCUAAGAAUAAUGGCAAGUCGCUUUUGAUCUCCGUCAAGAGCAACAGCGACCACUUGGACUGGCUCGAUUCGUUUGCCACCAAGUGCCCGUUGAUCAGCAUUGGGUCCAGCUCAGGCUCCCUGAGUGGUACUCUGGGUGUUUCGAACCCCAUUAACUUCACGCAUAAAGUCCAUGUGGGCUACGAUCCAGCAAGUGGUAACUUCACAGGGUUGCCUGAGCCAUGGAAGAACAUGCUUCAGAACUCCAAGAUUACAAAUGAAGAUUGGAAGAAGGAUCCUGUUGCUGUCAUUGAGGUAUUGGAGUUUUACACAGAUAUCAAUGGUUCCAACGCCAGCACUCCAGUCGCGUCUCCAGCGCUUAACUCAGGCAAUGGAAGCAUGAACUUUCAAGAAUGGACGAAACACCCUGUUGCUAAAACAUCGCAACCGAUGGACUUUAAACCAACUCGUGCUGCUCCUCAACCGCCUGCUCCUUACCAUACAACAGAGAAGAAGUACAAUUCGCCAUUGGCAAACCUCAUGAACUCUCAGGAGCCAAAGGAAUCGAAUCAGGUGAAGCCACAAGCGUCUAAUCAACCUAACGGUGAAGGCCACUUGAUUCCAAAUAGACGUGCUCCACCAAUCCCUGGACAACCUAACCAUGUUCCUAAAAGACAGGCUCCUCCAGCUCCACAGCAGAAACAAGGUCCUCCUCGUCCAUAUGCUCCCUCGCAAUCAUCAACCACCGAAGUUCCAAAGAAGGCUCCUGGAUUGGGAGUUGGCACACUGGCGCCUAAGCAGGCUCCUCCAAUUAUGCCUCGUAAUGUGCAUCCAGACGUUCAAGUUCAUUCAGAGAACAACAAGCCCAAGAAUGAUCCUUAUAGGAGACCACAAGAAAAUGAUGUUCCUGACCUCAAACCGCUUAAGUUGAAGCCAGCGCCAGCACCAGCAAAGGAUCAGCAUCAGACCAUCACACUAAAGGAGAAGUCUGACAAUGUUCCACCCAGAACCGUUGAUCCAAAGGCUGCCGCAACCAAGGCUGCUGCUGGGGCUGCUGCUCCGGGCAAGACUACCAAGCAAAUUAAGAGGGAGCGUGAACAGCUCAAUGACCGUCAAGUCAUUGCCAAGUUGAAGACAGUCGUUAACAACAAGGAUCCAACGUCCUUGUUCAGCAUUAUUUCCAAAGCAGGCCAAGGCGCUUCGGGUGAGGUUUACCUUGCCGAGUCUCUCAUUCCUGGUGAAAGAGGGAAGAAAGUCGCCAUUAAGCAGAUGGAUCUUAAGGUUCAGCCAAGGAAGGAACUUAUCAUUAAUGAAAUUCUUGUCAUGAAGGACUCCCAGCACGAUAACAUUGUGAACUUUUUGGAUUCAUACUUGCGUGGUACCAAUGACCUUUUGGUGAUUAUGGAGUACAUGGAAGGUGGUUCUUUGACGGAAGUUAUUGAGAAUAAUGAGUCGAAGCUUAAUGAAAAUCAAAUAGCCACCAUCUGCCACGAAACAUUGAAGGGAUUGCGCUUCUUGCACCGCAAGCACAUUAUUCACAGAGACAUCAAGUCAGAUAAUGUUUUACUCGACGCAAAGGGAAACGUGAAAAUCACGGAUUUCGGGUUCUGUGCUAAAUUAACGGAUCAAAGGAGCAAGAGAGCUACGAUGGUCGGAACGCCUUACUGGAUGGCUCCUGAGGUUGUCAAACAGAAGGAAUACGACGAGAAGGUUGAUGUUUGGUCAUUGGGAAUCAUGACGAUUGAAAUGAUCGAGGGAGAGCCACCUUACCUUAAUGAAGAACCGUUGAAGGCACUUUAUCUUAUUGCCACAAACGGUACACCCAAAUUGAAGAAUCCUUCCUCCAUCAGCGAGACAAUGAUGGCGUUCUUGUCAUGCUGUCUUAUCCUCAACGCCCCAUCCAGAAAAGACACAGACAGCUUACUUCAACAUCCAUUUAUUACCAAGAUGAGUGGUCCAGUUAGUCAACUUGCACCGUUAUUGGAGUGGAGAAAGAACCAGGACACCCCCACUACACAAUAG